CUUGACUUGUCGCUUUAUUUUAGAAAGGACACAACUGCCUGGUCAGAAUCAGCCAACGGACCUUCACAACCCGAUGCUCUCCCUUUUGAGACAACCAGCAGAGAAGCCUACUUCAGCAGAGUAGAGACGUUCACGCCGCUCAAGUGGGCUGGCAAACCUCAUGAGCUGUCCCCCCUCAUCUGUGCCAAGUAUGGCUGGACCAAUGUCGAAUGUGACAUGCUGAAAUGCUCCAGCUGCCAGGCUUUCCUCUGCGCCAGUCUGCAGCUGGCCUUUGACUUCGACAAGUACAAGGAGAGGUGUGCGGAGCUGAAGAGAGCCUUGUGCAGUGCCCAUGAGAAGUUCUGCUUCUGGCCAAUCAGCCCCUGCCCAGAUCGCUUUGCGGUUCUCCUGGUGGACGAGCCCAUCGCACUGCUUAGCGACUUCCUGGACCGCUUCCAGAGCCUGUGUCAGCUGGAGCUGCAGCUGCCCUCCCUCAGGCCGGAGGAUCUGAAGAACAUGUCCCUGACCGAGGAGAAGAUCAGCCUUCUCCUACAUCUGAUUGAGGAGGAGCUGGAACGCAAGAGCCCAGGGGAGAAAACGCCAGUGAAAUUGGGCUCGGACCUCCUGCAGGUGCACGUCCCCGCCUGUGUUUUGGCACUGUGUGGCUGGACCUGCAGCCCUGCGCCAGGGACCACGCACCUGCCUGUCAUCACCUGCUCCCGCUGCAUGAGGAAGGUUGGGCUGUGGGGUUUCCAUCAGCUGGAGUCAGUUGCACCCGAGGCAGACCCUGCCCCCGGACUGGGCAGCGCCCCCACCACGCCCACCGAGGGGCGGCCCGACCGCCUGCCCCUGGUGCCCACAUCCCCGCACAGGAUGGUCACCCGGAGCCGAGACACAACGUUCUCUCCUGGCCCGGAGCAGCACGAGAAGAGCCCUUCCCCUGUGAUGUCCCGUGCGCGGAGCUGGGACAGCCUGAGCCCCAUGGACCGGGCUGAGCCGGAAGCAGCCAGCCCCACACCACGGAACCGCCCAGUGACCCGCAGCAUGGGCCAGGGCGACAGCGUGGAGGUGCCGUCCAGCCCACAUCGCAGGGCCAAGCGGGCCCGGCUCUGCUCGUCCAGCAGCUCGGACACUUCCACCAAGAGCUUCUUUGAUCCCAGCUCCCAGCACCGUGACUGGUGCCCAUGGGUGAGUGUGGUGGAGAAGGCAACCCUGGAGGACUCCAGUGACGCAUCGGAGCAUACGCCAGCAAAGGCCGAGCCUGGCUGGAGGGCCAUGCUGAGCGUUCUCCUCGCCACCCAGAAAUCAGAGACACCAACUGAUACGGAGCCCGUGAGCCUCUCAGUGAAGUCCUGCAAGGUGUUCCGCAUCUUCCGCCGCUGGGAAGCCAUGUGCUCCUCCUGAGCCGACCGCCCCUUCCCGCUCAGCCCCUCCUUCUGCCUUGCAAGAGACCUGCUUCCUGCUCCCCAGGAGAUGUUUCGCAAGAGCCCGUGAGCAGCGGGAGCCUCUCCCCAGGGCCUGUGGGAGUCUGCUGGGCUGAACCUGGCCCUUGGUCUGCACCAAGGCCCACGGGCCUUCAAGCAGGAACCUAGUGGAUCCACAGGCACUCCCUUCCCCUCCUCGCACACCGGCCUGGGGGAGUGAGGAGGCUUCUCCUGCCUCUUCUCAGCUGCGACAUCCAUGCAGCCCAGCCUUGCCCUCACUACAGACUGUGGGGCAAGCAGGGGUGUCCGAGUGCUGCUGGCACUGCCAGCCUGGGGCAGGGACACGGCAAUAAAACAUUUCA